AACAUAAAGGCCCUCAAUGACAAUUUAGCCCCUUCAGGCUUCACAACAUUCAUAUAGUACUAAUGUGUUUGUGGGUUUUUCUAGGGUUCUUCUCAAAUCUUGAUUAUUAACUCUUCUGGGUGAUAAAAUUUAGCUCAAGCCCAGAAAUAAUGCCUAGGUACUAUUGUGAUUAUUGUGACACAUAUCUGACUCAUGAUUCUCCUUCUGUUCGAAAGCAACACAAUGCGGGAUACAAACACAAGGCAAAUGUGAGAGAUUACUAUAUGCAAUUUGAAGCGCAACAAAGCCAAUUUUUGGUUGACCAAAGGAUUAAGGCACAUCUUGGGCAAACUCCUGUUUUCCAGCAAGUUGGUGGAGUUUACAACCAGAUGAGACCCAAUUUUCCUGUUCUACCAACUCCUAUGAUGCCACCAAUGCAAGGGAAUAUGCAGUUUCCUGGGAAUGCACCGUUUGUCCCUGGAAUGAGGCCUCCAGUCUUGUACAGACCAGGGUAUGCUCCUGCCCCUGGCAUGCCCCCGAUGGCAGCGAUACCCGGUCCUCCUUCCUUUUCCACUCAAACUGAUGGAAAAUUGCCAAUGGCAAUGAACCCCCUGCCAAUGUUUCAAGGUAGCAUUCCUGCUUCAAGUGGUGGCCCUCCGAUGUUUGCACCAGGUAUGCAUCAAAGCAAUCCACCACCAUCCAGUGGAGGCUUGGACAGUCCAGACAAGGAUGUCCAAACCCAACUACCAGAGGUAAGUCAUUAAUCAUCCAGUGAAGCCUUGGACAGUCCAGACAUGGAUGUCCAAACCCAACUACCAGAGGUAAGUCAUUAAUCUAGUGAUAGUGGGAUUAGCUUUGGAUUGUAUGUCACUCUAAAGAAUGUGAGAUACAGAAGCUUUUCUUUCUGGAGAUCAAGAAAAGAAACAUUGUGUCGUUCAUAACAACUGUGCCACGAUUAUAAUUUUUCCAUAUGCAAUUUGAAAUUCAAAGAACAUAUGAGUUCGGUCUGUAUCUUCUCCCCUUUCUUUUGAGAGGAUGGCCGCUUGAACAUGUUCUGAAUUGUUGAUUUUAUAUGCUAAUCAACUGAUGAAGUAUUGCUGACUA